UUUUUUUUUUUCUUCAACUAACAAUCUUAUCUUGACUCGUCACGGGAACCCAGCCACAUCUAUGUAAAUACUAAACUAAACCUGAUACAACCGUGCGUAAGUCGCCACGGACAACAUGUGUGCAUAUAUGUAUGUACUGCACACUCCACUUUUAGUAUGUACGUAUGUAGUAUGUACAUCCACCCACCAACCCAAGCGUACCCAGACAUAUUGCGCAUUGGAGCCAAUAGUGCAUGUACUUAUUGCAAGCGACGCGGAACACUCGUCCGCAGCCCUCCACUCUAACCACAACUAACUUGUCUUGGGUAUCAAGAGUGUAAAUCCCCGCAAGGGGUAGUUAUGAUUUAAGCGUGACGACCACUACUUUCCUAUUUGGGGAAAAGAUAUGUAGGUAAGCGAGUAACAGCGAAUCUCCGUACUUCCGCGACUGCCGCAGUGAAGGGUAUGGUAGGUACGAGUGAUCCCCAAUGCAUCGGUGUGCUUAUAAAUAUAAUUAGUGAGUCUGUUCCGGGCAUGAGUAUUGUGGCGAGUAUUACGCACAGGGAUGAU